AUGGGAAACGCCGGAAGUGCUCUUCAGGCCGCUCAGGCUCAAGCCUCGGUGACGAAUAAAUUCAAUAAGAUGACUGGAGGCGACGAACAGAAAGCCCCCGAUCCAGAGGAACAGAAAGCCAAGGAGCGAAUGCGCGAGGAACGAGACCGACGUAAUGCUACCGAUUAUGCUGACAGGAAGGCUGCACAUGCCAAGAACAAGAAAAAAUUGUCAUCAGCCUGGGCAGACCACAAAAAAGCCAAUUCGGCGGCCAACAAAUAA